GCCUCAUUCUACCCCGGCGCCAGCUGGAAGCGAGAGGCGUAGUCUUGUCGCAGCAGCAACAGCAGCCGCCGUCGCAGUCCGCCCGGUCGUUUUUUUCCCCCCGUCGUCUUCUUCGUUGCAGAGUCUCCGUUUCUUCUCGAGUCGCCGCCAUGAACGGUUUCCGUGACAGCAGGAUUGAGGAGGGCACUUUUCUCUUCACCUCAGAGUCCGUGGGGGAGGGGCACCCAGAUAAGAUUUGUGACCAAAUUAGCGAUGCUGUCCUUGAUGCACACCUUAAACAAGAUCCAAAUGCCAAAGUAGCAUGUGAAACUGCUGCAAAGACUGGAAUGAUCCUUUUGGCUGGGGAGAUCACAUCCACUGCUGCGGUUGACUAUCAGAAAAUCGUUCGUGAAACAAUCAAGCAUAUUGGCUAUGAUGAUUCUUCAAAGGGUUUUGACUACAAGACCUGCAAUGUAUUGGUUGCCCUGGAGCAGCAGUCCCCUGACAUUGCUCAGGGAGUCCAUCUUGACAGAAAGGAAGAAGACGUCGGGGCUGGUGAUCAGGGUUUGAUGUUUGGUUAUGCCACUGAUGAGACUGAGGAAUGCAUGCCCCUGACUCUUCUUCUAGCCCACCAGCUGAAUGCAAAACUGGCAGAACUCCGUCGUAACCAUAUUUUGCCCUGGCUACGACCAGAUUCUAAGACACAGGUGACUGUGCAGUACAGGCAGGACCGUGGUGCUGUUAUCCCAAUUCGAGUCCACACAAUUGUUAUUUCAGUUCAACAUGAUGAGAAAAUUGGUCUGGAUGAAAUGAGAGAUGCUUUGAAAGAAAAAGUGGUCAGGGCUGUCGUGCCUGCACAAUACCUUGAUGAUGAUACUGUCUAUCACUUGCAGCCUAGUGGCCGUUUUGUAAUUGGGGGUCCCCAGGGUGAUGCUGGCUUGACUGGCCGGAAGAUCAUUGUUGACACCUAUGGUGGCUGGGGAGCGCAUGGAGGUGGUGCUUUCUCUGGUAAAGACUACACAAAAGUCGACCGUUCGGCUUCUUACGCUGCUCGCUGGGUUGCAAAAUCCCUCGUGAAGUCCGGUCUUUGUCGAAGAGUGCUGGUUCAGGUCUCGUAUGCCAUUGGAGUAGCCCACCCACUGUCAGUCUCAAUUUUCCAUUAUGGCACUUCCCAGAAGAGUGAGCAUGAGCUGCUAGAGAUCGUGAAGAGGAACUUUGACCUCCGCCCAGGGGUCAUUGUCAGGGAUCUGGAUCUGAAGAAGCCUAUUUAUCAGAAGACUGCAGCCUAUGGUCACUUUGGUAGGAACAGCUUCCCAUGGGAAGUGCCCAAAAAGCUUAAAUACUGAUUUUGUUGGGCUUCUUUCCCCAGACCUGUUGGUGUCAUUACAGAGAAACCUUCAGGCUCUUCUGUGGGAAAGAACCCUGUUAACUAAACUGGUCCUGUCCUUCUCUGCUCUUAACUUGGCACGCUCUGUCCAUUGCCAUCAAUAUUAGUCCUCUGGGGACCGCAAAUUGCACUGUGCUUUCUCCUCUUCCUGAUGUGCUUGACGUAUGAGUAAAGCCAGUGGGUUAUAGGCGCUAUCUGUUACCUAGAUGGAGGAACAGACUAGUCAGAACAGUGUUUCGGUCUGGUCUUCUAUAUUUGGCCUAAAUGCUAAUAAUCAUUCCCCCACCCCGCCCCCACCCUUCAAGCAAUGAAUAAGGGAACGUCCCUUGUAAUGUGCACAUAGUCUGUGCUUCCAUGUAUUUUCUGUCCAGAUCUAGAGCAGCAUGGUGCAAUUACUUGGCUCUAACGAGAACAUAAAGCUCGUUUGUUCUUCCCGCCUGUCAGUCUUGUGAGAGCUGCAACCACCUUGACAGAUACCCUUGCAUGUAAGUUCCAUUGGAAUGGCAGUCUAGGGCAUUUUUAAAUGGUCAGUUCUGGUCCACCAGCCUGUGGUUUAUUAGAUUAAUGAAAUUAGUCAGCACCACAUUUUAAUCUUUUCAUCUCUACUCUGGGGGUGGGGGAAGUGUGAUUUACUCAAACCUUUGAAAAUCCUAUGCACAUUUUAGCACUAGCCAAACCUCACCAUUGUUACCAAGCGGGCACUUUGCCAGCCAUGUGGUAUAUUAGAGAAGUCACAAGGUCAUACCCAAGUUCUGUGGGUUGCACACGUUGGCACCUGGAUAUAUUUUUCUUUAGAGCCAAGAACUUCAUAUUGCACAAAACUCCCAGGGUUUAUUUUCAGCCAGGUCCAAACUACAUUCUGAAGCCAGUUCUUUUCAGAGUAGAAGCGCAUUUGGAAAGGACGUGGGGAGAGAAACCCUACAUACUUGACAUUUUUUUAAAACAAUUGAUUAUUUAUUGUGUUUGGGACAGGGUGUGAGUACAGAGAAGCCCUUGUCUCAAAUGGCAGCUUUUAAACUUUGGCACCAUGAUUCCUUGAUAGUUUCCCAGCAUUCCCUGCUAGGCCAAGGUGUCCUACAGAAAAGCCUUGGGUGGCAACCUACAGGGGGUCUGGCUUGUGUAAAACCGGGGAGGGCAGUGCUUGAGGGCAAUUGGCCUUGGGAGAGGCUGACUUGGCUGGUGUUGUACAGAGAAGCCAGCUUGUUUACCUGCCCAUCCCAUGGCCAGUGACCUAAGCAAGAAGUGCCUUUUGCGUUCCACUUUUUUUUCUGGGCGUUUAUUUACAUAUGUCUGGUUCUUGAAAUUCCACAUUGAUUAAAGAUAUUAAUAAAAGUGCUAGGUUAUAUCUGAA